AGUUGAGUUAAUUCACAAAUAACCAAACCUUGAUAAAAGACAAACGAAUUUCAUUUACGUAUUGAUCAACUGCUUCUGUUGCAUUUUACAAAAAUAUUUUUGUUAUUUGAGUUGGUUAUAAGCUACAAAAUUUUAUGUUAUCCAAUACAAAAUUCGGUUUCGGCACUUUGCAACAUAAUAUGUUUUGCUAUACUCUACACACUUGUGACUUUACAGUUGACCCAACUAAAACUAUUUUUUUAACGAAUAGUUGCUGUUUUUCAAGUCUGCUAUAUUAGUUUGUUACCAGCUAAAUAGUAUUGUUGAGAUUUGUUUUGCAAAGUUACUAAAAUUAAACAAAAAAUUUGGCUGUGAUCAACUAAUAUUGAUUAUGUUGGUUUUAGAAUAUUUUUGGUUCUCAAUAAUACAGCAAUAUAAUAGGUGGUGAAUAAAGUUAUGCUGCGCAUAACAAAACGUUUUGGUUGCAUCAGACACGGUCACGGAAGUAACCUGUAGAAACCUGUUCUUCUCGUGUUGCGUUGCGAGUAGGUACUUGCGAGGCGAGUGUAGGUCUAGGUAGUGGAUGUGUGUCUGUUGUGCAAUGUGCAUCGUCUAUGGCGAGCGGGAAAGCCGGCGUUUUCGAUUUUAUGCAUGAAUCAUAUAUCAUCAAGCAACGUCAAGAAGAUUUCAAGAAUGGAGCCGCCGCCGGUAGACGAGGCGGCAGAGAAAACGAUCUCGGACUAUCUGCGGUCUUGGGGAUUGGAAGCUUACAUUCCAAAAUUUUUGGAAUCCAUUGAUGUGGAGACUCUCCAAAUGUUGUCAGAGGCUGACUUGAAAGACUUAGUGCCAAUUAUUGGACACCGGGCUAAGCUGACGACAAAAAUCAAACUUUUGACCAAUAUAAUGUCAAAUGCUUUUGAGAACACUUGUUCUAAUACUACUCCGGACUCAAACAACCAAGUAAUGCUGUAUACAGUGGAAGAUUUGCCAGUUGUACAGACAUUACCUGAUGAAAAAUGGAAAUGAUCGAAUUUUAAAUACUAUUAUAGUGUAUGUAGCUAGGUUUGGCUAGUAUAGUGUGCUAGCUCUUUGUCUGAAUUAAUUAUAAGUUCCUACUAAAAUUAAUUGAUUUGAUACUUAAUAAAUAAAUAUAAUUGUAAAAAA